GCUGGUGAUAGCAGCCUACUGUUUGGUUGGAGAUCCUAGGUGGCUUCCAAAAGAUUCAAAAGCUCCUGAGGACAGCCUUUCAAUUUCGUCCUAGACAUCGGACAGACGACACCACCGACACACUGACCUUAUAUCUUUGACCAAAGUAAAGAGGAAGCUACUCGGGGUGACGGAAUGAAACUCAGGAGCCGGCUGGUCUCCCUGUCUUGGAUGUGGUUCCUUCUAAGCGUCUGCCAAGCGCAAAGGGCCACUGAUGACAAGCCUAAUAUUGUCCUUAUAAUGGCGGAUGACCUUGGCAUUGGAGACCUGGGUUGCUAUGGCAAUGAUACCAUAAGGACUCCAAAUAUUGACCGCUUGGCUGCAGAAGGUGUCAAGCUGAGCCAGCACAUUUCGGCAGCCUCCCUGUGUACCCCAAGCAGGACUGCAUUCCUCACCGGCAGAUACCCCAUCCGUUCAGGAAUGGUUUCUGAUGAAAAUACUCGUGUCAUCCAUAGCCUCAGUGUCCCUGCCGGACUCCCUCUUAAUGAAACGACAUUUGCAGCCGUAGCCAAGAAACAGGGAUACAGCACAGCACUUAUCGGCAAAUGGCAUCAGGGUUUAAACAGCCGAUACCGAAGUGACCACAACCACCAUCCGUAUAAUUAUGGGUUUGAUUACUUCUAUGGCAUGCCAUUCAGUCUGUUUACGCCUUGCUGGCCAGACCCUUCACGGGACACAGAAUUAGCCAUCAGCUGCAGACUCUGGAUCUGUGUGCAGCUGCUCGCCGUGACCGCGUUAACCCUCACCUUCGGGAAACUCAGUUGCUGGUUCCGUGUCCCCUGGUUCGUCAUCCUCCUCAUGAUUCUUUUUACUUUUCUCCUGUGCUGUGUUUGGUACUACAGCUACACAUCUGGUCUGUAUUGGGACUGUAUCCUCAUGCGAGAGGAGGAGAUCACUGAGCAGCCCAUGAAAGCAGAAAGGGCUGGGUCCAUCAUGAUGAAAGAGGCCGUUUCAUUUUUAGAAAGGCACCGUGAAGAACCUUUCCUCCUGUUUUACUCCUUUCUUCAUGUUCACGUACCCUGCCCCACGAUGGAGAACUUCAUUGGCACCAGCAAGCACGGCUUAUAUGGGGACAAUGUACAGGAGAUGGACUUCUUUGUGGGCAAGCUUCUCGAUGCCAUUGACAAUUUGGGACUGAGAAAUCACACCGUCAUCUACUUCACAUCAGACCACGGAGGGCAAUUGGAGUCCAGGCUGGGCCAUGUCCAGCUAGGUGGAUGGAAUGGAAUCUACAAAGGUGGGAAAGGCAUGGGUGGCUGGGAAGGUGGGAUCCAUGUUCCUGGACUUCUCCGAUGGCCUGGAAAAUUACCAGCUGGAAAAGUCAUCGAGGAACCUACAAGCUUGAUGGAUAUUUUCCCAACUGUAGCAGCACUGACGGGAGGAACUGUCCCUCAGGACAGGGUGAUUGACGGCCAAAACCUUAUGCCUCUGCUUCAGGGUGCCGUCCAGCACUCAGAGCACGAGUUUCUCUUCCAUUACUGUGGUGUGUACCUCCAUGCCGCACGCUGGAACCCAAAGGAUAGCCAGGCAGUGUGGAAAGUUCAUUAUGUGACACCAGUGUUCCAGCCACCGGGAGCUCAGGCGUGUUAUGAGACCAAGCUCUGUGAAUGUUCGGGUGAAGGGGUCAGGUACCAUGACCCUCCUCUGCUCUUCGAUCUGUCCAGAGACCCGUCCGAGUCCACACCCCUGACAGGGGACACGGAGCCCCUCUAUGAGUUAGUGAUUAAGACGGUGGCCGACGCCGUGCAGGCACACAGAAAAACCAUCAUCCCGGUUCAGUUGCAGCUUGGGAAAGAACUGAAUGAGGACCGUGUAUGGCUGAAGCCCUGUUGUGGGGUGUUCCCGUUCUGCUUGUGUGACAAGGAGGGGAACACCUCAAAUCUGGGGCCCUAA